GUUGCUUAGUUGAGUAUGGUUGACGCGUCUGUUUGUGAGCCAUCAAGGUACCGCAGGGAACUUUGCUACUGGUGUUUAUUCCAUCAACACGUUAGGCAGCUGCGGCCUUCCUUCCCUUCGUUCUCUUCCUCAAAAAUACCUUGUCCAAUUCCCAUUACUACAGAUAUUGUUAAGGUUCACCAGCAAACCUUUUAGAGUUAUCUCUUCAGCUCCCGUGUAGCACUCAUCAUCAUGGCGAGGGAUUUCAGGCGGGAUUGGGAAUCCCUCUUGCGAGCAAUUCGCAAAAACAAUUUUCAUAUCCGCGACGAUACAAUCCAUGCUGGCAUUCUCUGGGCAACGGAAAGGGUCAUGCUUCAGUUCGGUUGGGUCACAAUUAUUUCCACGGAGAGAUACUGCUGGGAAGUCCUCGUUAAAAGGGGCUUUUUGGGAUGCUGGUUUAUGUCCAUCUAUGCAGAUCCCUGAUGGAUCAUCAGGUGCUGAUGCUCGUGAUAUCUGGAGCAGAAUUGGUGUUAAGUGCAACCCGGAGAUCCUUUGUUACAACGCAUUGAUUACGCACGUUGCAAACCAGGGUCAUCCUGUAUCCAGCGCUCUGUGGUUGCCUCGUCGUGAAGACAUCGCCACGUAUACAACCUCAGCCAUCGGUAGUACACGGCCCUAUUCUCACACUUUUGGUCAGUCUGAGAGUACAGGCACUCAGCUAACUUCAAACGCGAGCUUCUCUUAUGAUAGAAACCAGGCCAUGGCUCCGCUUGAAGGAUCGCUCAACAAUACUCAAUUAUAUUCGACGAAGGCAAACGACGGCAAGGACAACCUGGCAGCAAAUUCGGCGCCGACAAUAUCCCUUCCUACCAACUAUGAGCCAGAGAGGCCUCCUCGAGACUUCCAUCUAGCGCUGGCCCCGUUCCUCAACGAAGGCUACGAUGCAUGGGAGGUACCAAUCUACGUCGAUCCGAAGGUAUGGGCGUCCAUGAGCGCCCCGAACAAACCGAAUACAUGCGGGUCCUGUAUUCCCAAGGCAGGGUCGGUGGUGGGCGCUGUAUUCAAGGUAGCACAGAGCGCAUCGGGUACCAACCGACUUCGCAUCCUGGUCUUGGGCAGGACACCCGAGGCCAAGCUGUCGCAGAAGGACUGCGAGAUAGAGUGGAAUGCAUCGCGUCUCCGAGGGUUUUUGAUGCUGUGCCAGUGGAUUACGGCAGAGGAUCAAGACUUGAUGAUGUUCGCGCGAAAGUUCAGGACCGAGCGUAUGAAGGAGUGUGCCGAGGCCGAUAAGGUUCGUGCGGGAAAGAUGUAUCUCGCCUUACUCCCAGUGCGCGUGUCCAAGCCGACACAAUACAACACCGAGUGGACGGAGGUACAGCCACGCAAGACACGAGGUUCUAAGCAGGAGCAGGUUUCCAGCAGUACUCAAACCUUAUUCGGGGAAAGUGGAAAUGCACAGGCAUAUGACGGUGUGAAUGACUGUCGGCAACAGCGACAGCUGACUUUCCACAAGGCAAAGACGUUUGGCAGAAGUCAGUGGAAAUGAAUCAACCCGUGUUGAGCGGGAGAGAAUGGAGGGCUGGAGGAUUGAAGAAUUU